GCAUCGAGACGACCAGACAGAUCUCCACCUCGGGCGGUCGUGUGUUACAGCACCACCCCUCACUGAACACCUACACCCUCUCUGUGGGCACGGAGCCUGGCGCUGCACCACCCAGCCUGCAGGCCGACAUCCUGGAACUGCACAGACUGAUCCUCCGCCAUUGUCAGGGGAAGGAGAGUCAGGGAGGAGUUGGAUUUCAGCAGAGCUCAAAGUCUCCGCACAUUGCCCAAGAAUGUGAUGACGACCCGGAGACCAGAGAUCGCUGUUGUGAAGUUUCACCCCACGACUCCCUUGAUAGGACAGAAGGAGGGUGCGCUCUUUUUAGCACACAGGAAAACAAAGCAGAACGUAAUGACUGUCUGGAUCCAUCGCAGAACAGGGAGGGUGACGGAGGACCCUCGGUCCUGGCUCUCCUACACAAUGGCAAUAGUGAGGAUCAGCGGGCGUAUGCUUGUGAAAACACUGUGAGCGAUUGCGGAGAGCAAGAGGAGAGUUCAGCUGCUGGUGGAUUUAUUGGAGAUAGGAGUGAUGCUUUACAGGGCAUAGAGUUUUCCUGCAGACGACAGAAAGAGGAAGCUGAUAAAGCGGAGGGGCCUGAAAGGGAAAUCUCUGUUGAGGAGACAGUUUUGGAGGAGAGUAGUGCUAUUGGGGAGACUGGAGAUAUGGGAAUCACUCAGUCUUUGGACACGCCGGAAAGCUCGGAUGUUGAAUCUUCUUCUUCUUCUCGAGGAGCUGAGAGUGAUGAGGAGGAUGAUGAUCGAUAUGAAGAUCUCAUAGAAGAAAGCGAGGAUCCUUUAGACGACAAUCCAGAUGGAGAUACAUCUCUAGAUUUGGUUGAGAAUGAGAUUUGUUCUUGUCAAGAUUUGGGUGAGGGGGAAACUCAAACGAUGAAGAAAUCUGAGGGAGAUGUUUGUGAAAGCAGUCAGGGUGAUCUUAAUUCUUCAAGAAACUUCAAUUCAGAUGGAGACACAUCUCUAGAUUUGGUCGAAAAUGAGAUUCGUUCCUGUCAACAUGAUUUGGGUGAGCGGGAAACUCAAACGCUGAAGAAAUCUGAGGGAGAUGUUUGUGAAAGCAGUCAAGGUGAUCUUAAUUCUUCAAGAAACUUCAAUCCAGAUGGAGAUACAUCUCUAGAUUUGGUUGAAAAUGAGAUUUGUUCCUGUCGAGAUGAUUUGGGUGAGCGGGAAACUCAAUCUCUGAAGGAAUUUGAGAGAAAUGUUUGUGGAAGCACUCAAGAUGACCUUAAUUCUUCAAUAAACUUUGAAGUAGAAGAUGCUAAUGAAGAGUUUCAGGAGGCUUCGGAAAUUCCGUACUUGGAAAUCAAUGGGGAGGAACCAAAGGAAGGUCUUGGAAGGACUUUUGUUGCUGAAUAUGAGAGCGUUUCACAACGGCAUGAAAUAAAUCAAGAACUUCUGCCUGUAGAAAAAACAAUUUAUUCAAUUGAAGAUGCAGUGGAAGAUGGAAGUGAGAAACAUUUAAGUUCUUACGAUGACUUGCGAACCGAGUCUCAAUCUCAUGCGUCAAGCGAGGACACCUUAGAACCUGAAGAUCUGGAGCCUGUUUUAGGUUCUAGCAGUGAGGUGAUGGAAAACAUCCAGGAAAACAAACCUGUUUGUGAAACUCUGGAGGAAGUUCCUGAGUCAGCGAAUCCUACAGAUAUAGAGAAAGCAAGUCUAACAGAGGACUCCUCUUUGGUUCCCAUGCAGGAUAUGACAUCAAACAGUGAGGUCAUGUACACAGAUACAGAUAUAUCAAGAGAACAUACUAAAAAAUCAGGAGAUCAAGGUGAAUUAGUUCAACUUUCAGAUAUGCUCAAGUCAAAUAAGUCUGGAAUCUCUGAGAAAAGCCUGGCUGUCAAUGCACAAGAUCUGCUGGGUGCUUCAGUCCACAGUGAACAUGUAGAUGGUUCCUUACAUGUCCCGAAUACUCUUGAUGAGGAGGAUGUUAUAGUUUCUUCUGUAUGUCCCCAACAAGCCCAAGAAAGCUUAGAUCCCAUGUCUCGAGUGGAGGCAGGUGCAGUGAAUGAAGUUGGACAACCAUCGCAUGAAGAGCUGGUGAAAGAUUCUGAUGCACAUUUGGAGGAUCAGACGGAUUUUCAGAAGCCUGAUUUCAUGGACAAAAAAGAUUCACCAGUGAUCCACAGAGACAAAGACGCACUCUGUUCCAGUGUUUCCCAAAAGAGACACAGCCUGUCCACAGAGGCUUCACGGUAUCCAGAGUUUCAGACUUGCAGCUCAGAAUCGGUUACUUUUCGAGACUCGGGCAGCGAUACGGAUGGAUUUCUCAGUCCAGAUGCUGGAGAGGAUAAUGUCUUCAGAAAGGGUCAGGGCUCAGUAGGAGGAGGUGACAGCACCAGCGAAGUCUCUGUCUCCUGCUCCUCCACAGACGACACAACCAGCGUGGGACGUCCCAGCUCGUCCGCCGAGAGCUCAGAGGAGUCCCAACUCAGAGGAGAGGCGGAGGACGAGGCCAAAGACAGACUGACAGAGACGCCGCUGCCCACUUCUCUCUUCCACUCCUCUGGACGAUCCCUCUCUCCCUUUCGCAGACACAGCUGGGGUCCUGGAAAGAACCAGGCGGGAGAGGAAGAAAUGAACCAGCGCAGUUCUGUGCAAAAUGCAGGAGAGGGAAAGCCUGUGUUUUACAGAAGAAGUUACAGCCUGGAGGGUCUGGCAGCUGGGAUCGAGGAUGGCAAACGCUGGCGGUCUGGAGGUCCGUCUAAAGAUCAACGCGGGGUUCAGCGUCAGGACAGUGAGGACAGAGGCUCACUCAUGUCCCUCACUGAAGAAGGUCCUGAAUCCGAUUUAGGAGAAUGCAGAAGUCCAGGCGUUCAGAAAUCCAGGAAAUAUCAUCAGUACCGAAACAGCAGUCCAUCAGUGAUGCUUCCUCUCACAAAAUCAGUCUCCAUGCUGUCCAUCAGUCAACGGGACAUUGAUGGCAUGACAUCAUUCAGCACUGGCAGUAAUAUGGGAUACAGCAUCACAGAGGAGGAACCUGGACCUUUAAGAGGAGAUUUUGAGAAAAGUUCUACCAAAGUGAGUCGGACGUUCAGCUACCUGAAGAACAAAAUGUACAAGAAAGCACGAGAAAAAGAAAAGGAAAAGAAUCGCGAAAAAGACAGAGAGGCCAAAGAAAGAGAGAAGAAAUCAGUGAAUGGGCACCUGUUUACUGCAGUAAAUUCUCUGCAUCCGGCUUUGUGUCAGCAAUGCAAUAAAACACUCAACACUAAAGAUGCCGUCAACUGCACAAAUUGCAAUAUCAGAGUUCACAAGAGUUGUAGAGAAAACCUUCCCAUUUGUCUCAAAAGCAGAAUGAAGCAGUUUGCUAUACCAGAGUCCACCACCAUGCCUGUCGUCACUCUACGAACAAAAUCAUCCACGCUUCGGGAGCGACCCUGGUCUGCAAUCUUUUCCCCAGAGGAACAUUCUGUGAUCGUCCCAUCCAGGCGACCCACCAGUAUUAUGCCCUUUCACAGCAGCAACCUCUCCAAAAGCAUGUCCAUCAACAAUAUCGCAAUGUUUGAUGAUAUGCCUCUGAGUGGUCGGCGGUAUCUGUCUCAAUCCACAGACUCACUCCAUAAACCCAAUAAGGUCACAGCAUCUAAUGAGUCUCUAGAUGAAGGUACUGAGAUGGUCGACAGCCGGCUGAUGGGAGAUUUUGAAGCAGAUGGUAAAGAACUGGAGGCCGACUCCUGGAGCCUUACUAUAGACAAGAAAUAUCUGAAACAGCUCAAGAAGGACAUCAUUAAGAGACAAGACGUCAUCUAUGAGCUGAUCCAGACGGAGAUGCAUCACCUGCGGACGUUACGGAUCAUGUGUGAUGUGUAUAGCAAGGGUCUGUUGACGGAUUUGCAGCUGGAGCACCAGGUGGUGGAGAAGAUGUUCCCCAUGCUGGAUGAACUCCUGGAGCUGCACUCCUUCUUUUUCAGCGCUCUGCUGGAGAGAAAGAAAGAGGCUCGGCUGGACGGAACAGACGGGUUCUUGAUCCACAGGAUAGGAGAUGUGCUGGUCAGCCAGUUUACAGACUCCAACGCAGAAAGCAUGAAGAGAAUCUAUGGCAAAUUCUGCAGCCGACAUAACGAAGCAGUCAACUUCUACAAGGAUCUGCAUGCUAGAGACAAACGCUUCCAGGCCUUCAUCAGGAAGAAAAUGAGCAGCAGUGUUGUCCGGCGCCUGAGCAUCCCAGAGUGUAUAUUACUGGUCACUCAACGGAUAACAAAGUACCCGGUGCUUUUACAGAGGAUCCUGCAGCACACCAAAGAGAACGAGAAGGAUUUUGAGGACUUGACGCAGGCUCUUCAGUUGUUGAAGGAUAUAAUUGCGUCGGUGGACAGUAAAGUGAAUGAACAUGAGAAGAAGAAGAAGUUGAAGGAGAUCUACGGCCGAACGGACAGCAAGUCAAUCACGCGAAUGAAGAGCGGACAGAUGUUUGCUCGAGAGGAUCUGGUGCGCGGACGCAGGCUUCUUCAUGACGGGCCUCUGCAGCUGAAGAACACAGCCGGACGACUCAAGGAUGUCCAUGCUCUUCUACUUUCUGAUGUCUUCGUGUUCCUUCAAGAAAAAGACCAGAAAUAUGUUUUCGCAUCUCUGGACCAGCGCGCCACCGUCAUCUCCCUUCAGAAGCUGAUUGUGCGCGAGGUGGCACACGAGGAGCGCGGCCUCUUCCUCAUCACCGCCGGCAUCGCAAACCCAGAGAUGGUGGAGGUUCACGCCAGCUCACGAGAGGAGCGCAACACAUGGAUGCAGAUCAUUCAGGAUGCCAUGCACUCCAUAGAAAAAGAUGAUGAUGAGGGCAUCCCGAGUGAAACAGAAGAAGACAGGAAGCUGCUCGAAACCAAGACUAGAGAAAUGAGAGACAUGCUGCAGAGGAAGGACGAGCAGAUCGUAUCGCUCCUGCUAGAGAAGAUGAAGAUCUUUCGUGAGAUGUGCGGUUCGUCUGAAGACCCACAGGUCAAGAUGCUUUUCAGGGCCAACAACGAAGAGGUGGCGAAGGGGGAGCCCAUCAUGACGGACGCUCUGAGAGAGGUGGAAAUGCUGCAGGCACUGAUGAACAGCAGUCUGGGCGGAGCAGUCGGGCAGCAGGUGGCCUGUGCACAGGGCAUCAUGGGACCCGUGUGUCUGCCACGCAGAGCCGAGACCUUCGGAGGCUUUGACUGCCAUCAGAUGAACACCUGCAAACAUGGUGAGAAAGAGGAGGCUGAAGAUCUGCGGAGGACAGAGUCUGACAGUGUGCUGAAGAAGGGAGGAAACGCCAACCUGCUGCUGCUGCUCAAGAAAAACAGUGAGCAGGUUCUGACUAGCGUCACUCACCUUCAUGACCUCCUGAGCUCACUUCAGGCUGUGGUCCUGCAGCAGGACACGUUUAUCGAGGACCAGCGUCAGGCCCUGAGCGAGCGCGCCCCCUCCCGGCCCUCCUCUCGCCCUCCGUCACUGGUGGAGCAGGAGAAGCAGCGCAGCCUGGAGCGCCACCGUCAGGACGCCGCCGCUCUGCUCCGCCAGCAGGCAGCUCACGCAGAGGAGAAGAAACGCAAGGAGAAGGAGUGGGACGUGAAGGAACGCGAACUGACCGACGCGAGGUGCUGCUGCAUGUCAGGGAGGAGGAGGUGCGCAGGCGGAGCAGGGAGAUGGAGGAGGCGCAGGUCCAGCUCCAGGCGCAAGGAGGACUAUCAGAAAGAUCUAGAGAGGUUGAGAGAUGCUCAGAGAAGGCUGGAGAGAGAGAGAGAGCAGAUGCAGAAGGACAUGGAGAGAGUCGAGCACCUGAGAGAGGUCCAGGCUCGUCUUCAUCGCACCCCGUCCAGCACAUCCGAGGAUUCGCUGAAGCUCCACAGCAGCAGCUCCAUGGAGCGAGAGGCCUGGGAGUGCGAGUUAUCGUCCAGCCCCAGGAAAAACUCUCUGUCCCGCAUGGACUCCAAACAGAAGAGCCGCAGCCUGUUCUCUCUGGGCGGAAAGAGUCAGAGCGCAGAAGGACAAAACCAGAUGCCCACACGACUGCUUCAGCUGGCCACAUCCAAGGAGAAGAAAGACAAGAAGAAGAAGAAGAGUAAAAGCCAGUCUCCUCAGGAUGCAGCUUCACAUCUGCUGCCUCUGACGGAGCCGGCUGUGGAUGGAGAGAUCUUCUUCUGCUGAUUUUUACCCAUCAUCCCUUCUGUCUCCUGGACUCUCGAUCAGAUCAUGUAGGAAGUCACCCAAAGUGCCCUCUUCACGGUUCGGCAGAAGCAGUUUCGCUCCAACAGUCUCUUUACAGUAUAAUAAAUCUCACCAAACCCCAAAUUCAAAAGAAGAAUAAGGAAUAUUUUGUUUAAACCAAAUGAAGCCUUUUUUGGGGUUGCUUUGUGCAUCGUGACAUUAUUUUAAAAACAAUUGAACACAAUUACUCCAAAAUUCUCAUUACUGUAAUGUAAUCUAAUGUAAUAUAAACCUUUAUACACACACAGAGUGUUUAUAUACCAUGGUAAAUUCAUAUAUUCAUGCAUUUUCCUUCGGCUUACUUUCUAUUUCAGAGGUCGUCACAGCGGAAUGAACCGUCAACUAUUCCGGCAUAUGUUUUACACAGCAGAUGCCUUUCUAGCUGCAACCCAGUACUGGGAAACACCCAUACACACUCAUUCACAUAUGCACUCAUACACUACAGCCAAUUUAGUUCAUACAAUUCACCUAUAGUGCAUGUCUUUGAACUGUGGGCGGUUUCGUAGGAAAACCCAUAGGAAAUCCACGCCAACAGGGUAGAACAGGCAUGUCCAAGCUCGGUCCUGGAGGGCCGGUGUCCUGCAAAGUUUAGUUCCAAACCCAAUCAGACACACCUGGGCUAGCUAAUCAAGCACUUACUAGGCUUUCUAGAAACAUCCGUGCAGGUGUGUUGAGGCAAGUUGGAGCUAAAAUCUGCAGGACACCGGCCCUCCAGGACCGAGUUUGGACACCCCUGGGGUAGAACAUGCAAUCACCACACAGAAUGUCAACUGGCCCUAGCCGGGACUCAAACCAGCAACCUUCUUGCUGUGAGGCGGCAAUGCUAACCACUGAGCCACCAUGCCACCCCUUUAUCUUGAAUUCUAUAUUUAAUUAUGCAUCCUUUUUUGACUUAUAACACUUACAAAAAUCAAGUUUAUUGAAGUGUAAUGUACUUCUAUAAGACUUAAACUUUACUUUUUAUGUACUUCUCAAAAAUAUUCUUUAAACAAAAAAUAGACCAGUCAACCAGAUGAGACCAUGCUGCCCCACCAUGGUAAAUGUUUAUUGUUUUAUUACAUUAUUUUUAAGUAUUAAUGCAUUACAGUAAUAGGAAUCACCAAUAACAAUUAUACUUAUAUAUUCAUUCAUGUGAGGCGAUUGUGCUACCCACUGCGCCAUCCUGUUGCCGCUACUUAUUUAUUAUAUUAUGUACUUAAUAUAAUAACUGUGCAAUUAUUAUUACUGAAUUAAAUAUAACUUAAAAGUAAUUUAUGUUUUUUUUUUGGAGUUUAAUUUUAUUUUCU